AUGGGAGAUGCACGACAAUUGCAAGUAAAUGGAAAAGGGAAGGCCAAGAAUGAUUAUAACAGUUGGAAUAUGGAAGAGAGCAAGAUGUUGUUACAACUCAUGGUCGAUGCUGUGUCUUGUGGAUGGCGGAAUCCUAAUGGCGUGCUAAACAAGGCAACUGUAGAAGCUAAAAUACUUCCAAAAAUUAAUGAAAAACUUAAGUGUCAAAAAAGUUAUUCUCAUUACCAGAGUCGGUUGAAAUACUUUAAGAAAAAAUAUCAAAAGUAUACCCAACUUGUCCAUCAUAGCUCUGGAUUUAAGUGGGACCCAAUCAGAAAGAAAUUCACGGGUGAUGAAAAACUUUGGGAAGAUUACUUUAAGUCCUAUCCGAGCCACAUAGGUCUUCGCGUAGAAACUUGUGAGGACUAUGAGGAAUUGCAAAUUGUAUUUGGGAGUGGAAUUGCUAUUGAGAGAAACUCGUUAGAAUUGGGUGAUGAUAUUGAUGCAAGAAUUGAUUGGGUCGAAGAUAGACAUGUUGGAAAAGAGGAGUUUGUUUAUGAUGAUGGUAAUAAGGCUUUUUUACCAAAUGAAAAGGAACCAUCACACCAAGAUCCAUCACUUGGCCAAUCUUCAUCACCCUUGCACUUUCAUGCCACUAGUCCGAAAGUUCCCUCAGAAAGCAUCAACCAGAAGAAACGAACUAGAACUGAGUAUGAAGGGAAUACUAGCUCAUUUGAGACCACCAAUCAAGCUGGAAUACUGGAAAAACUUUCUCUUAGCAUUGAUUCAAUUGCUAUCAACUUUCAGAGAAUCUGUAACCUAUUGGAGAAAAGGGAGAAAAAGAGAGAGAACCAAAGUUGUAUCUGGGAUGCUAUCAAGGAGACCCCAAAUCUGGAUGAACGUGCUCGUUUUAAAGCAGUUGCAUUGCUUAAUACUAAAACAAGAAGGGAUGUAUUUUUUAGUAUGUCUCUUGAAGAGCGCUCAGAUUGGAUAACCUACCUUUUGAAAUGA